AUGUGUGAUCAAGUCCGCCAGGAUUUGGGAUCGAGUUCACUACCCUUCUCCCGUCGUCAUCCGUUUUCUUGCUGGCUCUCAUCUAUGUUGAUGUGUUUCUCUGGUAGAUUCCUUGCAUGUUUUUUGCUUGGCGAGCCGGUCAUCACCCCGUUUCGAAAGCACGAUGAUGUGAUCUUGGCCUCAAUCAUAUGGUAUUCUGUUUUCUAUGCACCAUUCGACGUAGUUUAUAAAUUAUUCCUUUUCAAGCCAGUAAAAAUCGUAGCGAACAUUGCUAAGGAAGUCCAGCGAAUAGCCCAUGGAAUAGCAUAUGCAACAAAACUCUACCCCGAAUCAUAUAUAGUUCAAGAAUUAGUUGGUAUAGCAAGCGGAGCUGGUUCGGGAAUUAUGAAAAUAGCUGAGCAGCUCGUCCGUGGCUCGUGGUCCCCGUCUCAACACGAAUUGUUGCGUCCGUCGUUUACGACCAAGGCGUGCAUUUUGGCUUCUCUAGUGUUCAUACUAGAAAGGAAUAGUGUUUAUAUCACGGCACCACACGAUCUUGUCUACUUGUUUGUCGUUGGAUUCUUCGUUUAUUUCAAAUUAGCUGCCAUCCUGUUUGGCGUUACGGAUCCAUUUGCACCACUCGAAAAUCUCUUCUGUGCGUUGUUCAUGGGGGGAAUUGGCGAUGCGCUUCACAGAGCUGUUGAUGCAACAAGAGAAGAAGCAAGUGCGGGAAAAAAGAAAGCGGAGGACGAUCACGUUGAUGACAGAAAAUGGAAAAAGAAUGAUAAAAAGACUAAAUGA